CCUGUGGGGAGGGCUCCACUCAAGUGACCACAGGCAGCCCUGAGCUCAGCUCCUGGCGCCUGGCUGGAAGGUGGCCGUCCUGCUUCCUGUGACCUUGGGGGUGGAAGGACGGGCCCAGGGGCCUAGGGCACGAUCUCCCUUCCCCACGCCUCCUUCCCUUGCUCCUCCCCACCCUUUUCGCUUCUACCCCGCCCCCCCCUACUCUAAACAGCUUCCUGGGCCGGAACUGUUUGGUUUUUCCCUGUUCGAGUUGGUGGGGGGGUCGCGGCCCCAGGCCUUUGGGGAACAUGGAGCCCAGGAGAGCGGUGCCUGGGGCGCACGGCUGGGGCCCUCGAGGGGCCGCGAGGCCGGGGACGGUGGCAGAGCUUGUGUACCACCUAGCCGGGGCUCUGGGCACUGAGUUGCAGGAGCUGGCGCGUCGUUUCGGGCCGGAGGCGGCGGCCGGGCUGGUGCCGCUCGUGGUGCGCGCGCUGGAACUCCUGGAACAGGCUGCCGUGGGGCCCGCCCCGGACUCGCUGCAGGUGUCUGCGCAGCUGGCUGAGCGGGAGCUGCGGCGGCUGCAGGAGGAGAACGAGCGCCUCCGCUGGGAGCUAAGCGCCGGGCCGCAGGAGGAGCGCGCGCUGCUGCGGCAGCUCAAGGAGGUGACGGACCGACAGCGGGACGAACUGCGGGCGCACAAUCGCGACUUGCGGCAGCGCGGCCAGGAGACGGAGGCGUUGCAGGAGCAGCUGCAGCGCCUCCUGCUGGUGAACGCCGAGCUGCGGCAGAAGCUGGCGGCCGUGCAGACCCAGCUGCGCACCGCGCAGGACCGUGAGACCGAGCGCCAGCAGCCUGGAGGAGGCGCGGCCCAGCCGGCUGAAGAGCGAGCGCGGGGCCAGGCUGGGGAGCCGGGGCACCAGCAGGGGCAGGAGCCCGAACGGGCGACCCCUGAGGACCCGGCAGAGGCCGCGCAGCCUCCAGGGCGCCCCCGGCAGGCAGGGCAGUGCCGCUUCAGCCGGGAGGAGUUUGAGCAGAUCCUUCAGGAGCGCAAUGAACUCAAAGCCACAGUGUUCCUGCUCAAGGAGGAGCUGGCCUACUUCCAGCGGGAGCUGCUCACCGACCACCGGGUCCCAGGCCUUCUGCUGGAAGCCAUGAAGGUGGCUGUCAGGAAGCAGCGGAAGAAGAUCAAGGCCAAGAUGUUAGGGACGCCAGAGGAAGCAGAGAGCAGUGACGAUGAGGAUGGCUCCUGGCUCCUGCUCGCUGAUGAUAAGGACGACCAUCCCCCACCCCCGGAGUCCAAAAUACAGAGUUUAGUGCCUCUGGCUAUCUCUCCAGCUUUGGCCAGUGGUAUCGCGGGAAAGCCGAAUCCCCGGACGAUGAGACCCACAGCCCUGCUCCCGGCAAGCCAGGGGAAGAGGAGACCCAACCACAGUCUCCAGCUCCUGAGCUGCCCUGUCCUGCCCACCAGGAACAUCUCUGUCUGGGGGCCUCAGCCGCCCCCGAGGCCUGACUUGGGGACCUGGCUGUGGCUGGAUGUGCGACCUCAUAUGAGGACAGGGCUCCCUCCUUCGUGGCCUCCCAGGCGUCUUCCCCAGUUCUGGCCUGCACCAGAGCAGCACAGGGGCUCAGCCCACCUCCCUGUCUACGAUUCUGUACCAGACCUCUGGGGCCAGACAUAAGAGCACCUCUCUGAGUCUCAGUUUCCCCAUCCACUAAAUGAGAGCUGGCUCCCAGGGCUUUGUGCGGACGGCCUGAGCUCGUGUAAUAAAGAACUGCCCAAAACUCCCAGA